AUGGGUUCCUUCUGUUCUAAACGUUUCGAAGAUGAUAAGAGGGAGGCGAAAAUCGUCCGCAUUCGUCUCUUAGUGCUUUUAGAUGAGUUAGGUCCAGUUGAGCUCCUCAAUGUCGCUGUUAAAGACUCCAGGAUCUACGAAGCUUGUAAAAAGGACGAAGAACUGAGACAAGCUUGCAUUCGUGCUGCUGUUAGAAGAUACCACAAGGAAAAAUUUCUCUACGAAGAUGUUUACAACAGAACUGUCGAUUACGUGCUUCUGCUGGAUGAUUUUAUCAAAACUCAAGAUACCGCUGAACAGCAGAGACAUUUGGAGGAAACCCGCUCUGAGCAAAACCCCGGUCUCCGCCGUCGUAAUAUACAUGAAGGGGAAAGAAAUGCAGAAAGGGCCACGAGUUCUUAA